CAACAUCAAAUAUUACUGAAAUAGGAAUUUUUUUUAAUACAAAUGCUCCAAUGUGCAUCAUUUCAUCUCGGUUAUCGAGAGGGAUUAAAAACGUUUCACUCCAUUUCAUGCUGGUGGCAGCGCUGGGGCUGGGAGGGAAUAACAUGACCAAAGCUGGGAUCGUUAAACACAGGCACCUACACUUCGACUUCUAAAUCCGUAUUCAGGCACCCGAGUUAAAAUGGCCUGUUAUCCAAAGCUCUGGAUACCCGAGUUAAAAUGGCCUGUUAUCCAAAGAGCUGGACCCCAGCGGUUCGUGCUCAGGACUUACACACACCAGGAUUCUUAUUCAGGGUACGGCUCGAGGAGGUGACCUUUGGGACGGUAUUUUUUUUUAAAAUCACAUCUCAAGCGCUGUCCGAAUAUGGCAGAGUCUAGAAUUUCCGUCUACACGGAGCGUGUGAAGGGGAAAUCAGUGUGAAACCAACUCAAGGCCCCAUCGAAAGAUCCCCAUUGGCGCUUCUCACCUGGCAGGGGGCACAAUAACAUCCGGAUUUCGCUCCAGAUCGUCCCGUCUUCGCGGAGGGCAGGGGAAGGAAAUGGCAACCACGGUGGGAGUGACCUUCGAGGAGGUGGCUGUGUAUUUCAGUGCGGAAGAGUGGGCGCUGCUGGGCCCCGCUCAGAGAGCCCUCUACAGGGAGGUCAUGCGGGAGAACUACGAGGCGGUGACCUCGCUGGGACUCCCCAUCUCUAAACCUGACCUGAUCUCCUGCAUGGAGCGAGGGGAAGAGCCGUGGGUCGCCCAUCUCCAGAGCCAGAGGAGGAGGGAGCUCCCCAGAGGCAGAAACUCAGGUGACGGGACGGCCAGCGAGAACGAGGCAAAGAAUCCCCAGCAGGGAGGCCCUGAGUCGGCAGGACCACCGGGAAUGUGUGCGGGAUGGUCCCAAGAGAGCGUUUGCCAGGUCGGAGUUGGCUGGUCAGAGGAGCAGUGUGGAAACCCACCCGGGGAGAGAGAGAAGAAAUUCUCUCCUGAAAACAGAUGUUUCAAGAAACUCAAAGAACUCCUGGACCGUACAGAGAUGCCCGACAGAGAGACGAGAAAGGCAGGCGCUGAAUGUGGGCUGGGCUCUCACAAGAUGCUCCAUCCAGGAAUCCCCCCAGGGGAGACGACACCCCACCGAUGUGGGGAAAACCCCCAUCUGAGCUCAGCGCCUCCUUUUUUCUGGGGCUACUCCAUUCCGAGUGCAGGACGUGACUCACAUUUGGGGUGUCUCCUUCCCCCAGCAGGUGACGGGACGGCCAGUGAGAAUGAAAUGCAGAAUCCCCACCAAGGAGGCCCUGAGUCGGCAGGACCACAGGGAAUGUUCGCGGGAUGGUCCCAGGGGAGCGUUUGCCAGGUGGGAGCUGGCUGGUCGGAGGAGCAGUGGGGUAACCCACCUGGGGAGAGAGAGAGCAAAUUCAAGAAACUCAAAGACUUUAACAGGGAGACGGGAAAGGCAGGCGCUGAACGUGGGCUGGGCUCGCACGAGAUGCUCCGUGCGGGGAUCCCCCCAGGGGAGUCACCCCCCAGAUGUGGGGAAAACCCCCGUCAGAGCUCAGCGCCUCCCGAUCAUCAGAGCGCAGCCCCCGCCAGCCUCCCUUGGGGGCAGAACCCCUGCCAGUGCCCUGUCUGCGGGAGAAGCUUUGCUCGGAGGUGGUCCCUCAAGAUACACCAGAGGCUCCACACGGGGGAGAAACCCUACCAGUGCCCCACCUGCGAGAAACGUUUCUCUUGGAUCUCGACCUUGGCCUCCCAUCAGAUGCGCCACUCGGGCGAGCGCCCCUACAAGUGCCCCACGUGCGGGAAAGGCUUUGCGGACAGCUCCAGCCUCCGGCGGCAUCGGAGACUCCACUCGGGCGAGCGCCCCUACAAGUGUCUCACGUGCGGGAAAGGCUUUGCGGACAGCUCCAACCUCCGGCGGCAUCAGAGACUCCACUCGGGCGAGCGCCCCUACCGGUGCCCUAGCUGUGGAAAAGCCCCCGGGGAGCCGGUAGCAUCUCCCCAUGCUUCAGAGGUGCCAGGUUCAAAUCCACCUGGUGGUGGUUACACCUGGCCCAAAGGUGGAACCCCAACGGUCCGCAGAUUGCCCACUAACCUAACCUGCAGAGAUUCCCACACAGUAGUUGGUUUGUUUUGUCCUCUUCCUCCCCCAACUGGGAGGAACGUCUCCUAUUUGGAUUCUCUCCCGAUUUCAGGGAUGGCAAGUGGCGAGGAGACAAAUCCAUUGCAAGGGAGCUGGGAGUCCACAGAAGCCGAGGGGAACAUGGGCCUGAGAAAAGCCAGUGCAAGUCAGGGUGGGUGGGAGAAAGACGAAGGAGGAAAACUUCCAGGGAAGAGAGAGGAAAAAUCUUUCCCCCAGGCUGAUGUAAAGCAACUCUGGCUGCAGCAGAGAAAGGGGGAAGGGAAUGGGUCCAUGGAAGGAUUCAUUCAGAGUGCCCACAAGGGAGAGAAAUGCCACCAGUGUCCAGAUUGUGGGAAAAGCUUCAACCGGAGCUCGACACUCAGCACGCACCUGAGGAUCCACACUGGGGAGCGUCCCUACCUAUGCCCUGACUGCGGGAGAGGCUUCACGCAGCUCGCUCACCUGACCCAGCACCGGGGCACCCACUCGGGAGCAGAACCCUACCGCUGCGCCGACUGCGGGAAAGGCUUUGGGGUCAGCUCCCGGCUGGUGGCCCAUCAGAGGAGCCACACGGGCGAGCGCCCCUACAAAUGCCCUGAAUGCGGGAAGAGCUUCCGGGUAAGCUCAGUCCUGGUAGUGCAUCAGCGGAUCCACUCUGGGGAGAGACCCUAUAAAUGCAGCGAGUGUGGGAAAAGCUUUAACGUCAGCUCCAACCUCAUUAAACAUCAGAGGAUCCACACGGGGCAGAAACCCUACAAAUGCACUGAGUGCGGGAGGAGUUUCAAUGAAAGCUCUGCCCUGAUUGCCCACCAGCGGCUGCACAAAGGGGAGCAGCCCUACAAGUGCCCCGAUUGUGGGAAAAGCUUCAACGUCAGCUCCAACCUCCUGGAGCAUCAGGGCACCCACCGGGGCCAGAAACCCUACAAAUGCCACGAGUGUGGCAAAGGGUUUUCCCGCAGUGCUCAUCUCUCUCAGCACAGCCGGACUCACACAGGUGAGCGCCCCUACCAAUGUGCCGAAUGUGGGAAAGGAUUUGCUGUGAGGUCCCAUAUGGUCCAGCACUGCCGAGUCCACACUGGGGAGAGACCCUAUACAUGUGCUGACUGCGGGAAGGGCUUCACAGCUCGCUCGUCCCUGACCACCCAUCACCGGACUCACACGGGAGAGCGACCCUAUAAAUGCCCCACGUGUGGGAAAAGUUUCAAUCAGAACUCACACCUGGCUCAGCAUUGGAGAACCCACUCGGGGGAGAGACCCUUUCACUGCCCUGAUUGCAGGAGAAACUUUGGAGACAGCUCUGCCCUCAUCAAGCAUCGGCGGAUCCAUCUGCACAAGAAACCUUGUUAAUGGCCACCCCAUUACUGGAAAAGCUUUGCUUGGAGCAUAGCACUUAAUUCUAGACCUGGGCAAGUAAGGGCUUUUUCAGUUAGGUGGCAAUUCAAAGAGGGGAGAAAAAAAAAAUCAUGGUGAGUUGCCCACAAAACAAAUGUUUGGGGGAGGUGGAAGUUGAAAAUAAAGAUCGUUUCAAGUUGAGAUUUGCUUGCGUGACAAAAUAUUUCGUUAGGAUUUUGAGUGGUUUAAACGUUUUUUAGUUAGGAAGUAAGAAUAAGACCCUCCGGAAAAGGGCGCUUUUUCCGGAGGAUCGGGGCCAGUGUAGACGCU